GUCAUUUCACGAACUCUUCGUGUCUUCCUCUCCACGUGCCGCCUUCUCGUCCGUGUUUCUUCCGGCAGCUUCACGGCCUCCUCUCCUCCUCCACCCGUAGCAUUCGUCCUCUCUUUGGUUCCAUCGAACUCUCCAGAAACCCUAGAUCUUCGUCGGUUUCUCCGCAUGAAACUCCGGUCGAUCCAGUACCAUAGUGAUCCUCAAGUGACGUUUUUCCGACGGAGGAACUUCUCGUCCUUUCGCUGGCUCCCUCGUACCCGAGAUUCGAUCGUCCUCCACUGCCACCAUCGCUGGAGGAGCCGGCGGCCUCUGGUAGUCUUGCGAGUCCGCGCCUCGCUCGACGACCUCUUCCGCGACCUUAUCUCCGUCUUCCCCUCUCCAACCUCGCUCGACCUCGUCUUCACCCCCGCCAUUGGAUUGGCCGCAGGUGCCUCUCUCUAUUUCUCUAACCUUUGGAAUCGAACUCUUGAAGCGGAUGCCGUGGUCGGGGAUUGGGUUUUGUUCACGAGCCCGACUCCAUUCAACAGGAGCGUGCUCCUCCGAUGCCCAUCAGUUUCCUUUGAGGACGGCGGCGUUCUUUUGGAGGGAGUAAAUGACAUGCUUCUGAGAGAGGAGCGGCACUACGUGAAUUUGAGCCGUGGGGGGAUACCUGUCUUGAGAAAGCAAGGAGAAACGAGGCCAGAAGAGGAAAUUCAAUACCAGAGGCUCUGUUUGAGGGCCGAUGAUGGUGGAGUGAUAUCGUUGGAUUGGCCAGAAAAUUUGGAAUUACGGAAGGAGCAUGGGCUGGACACGACGGUGCUCAUUGUGCCGGGAACUCCCGAAGGAAGUAUGGGUAGAUGUGUCAAAGCAUUUGUGUUUGAUGCCCUCCAACAUGGUUAUUUCCCCAUUGUUAUGAAUCCAAGAGGAUGUGCUGGUUCUCCUUUGACGACGCCAAGGAUAUUCACAGCUGCUGAUAGUGAUGAUAUCUUGACAGUGAUCCAAUUUGUCAGCACAGUAAGGCCCUGGACAACAAUGAUGAGUAUUGGCUGGGGUUAUGGUGCAAAUAUGCUUACAAAGUAUCUUGCUGACGUAGGAGACUCAACUGUUUUGACAGCUGCUGUUUGCAUAGAUAACACAUUUGACUUAGAUGAAGCUACAAGGUCAUUUCCUCAUCAUAUCACUUUAGACCAAAAGCUCACAAGUGGAUUGGUGAAUAUUCUACAAGCAAAUAAGGAGCUAUUUCAGGGAAAGGCUAAAGGCUUUGACGUUCGAACAGCCUUAUUAGCAAAGUCUGUUCGGGAUUUUGAUCAAUCUAUAUCAAUGGUUUCUCAUGGUUAUCAUAAAGUUGAGGAGUUCUAUUCUAUGGCUAAUACAAGGAACUCAAUUGGCAACCUUAAGAUUCCUGUUCUUUUUGUACAGACUGAUGAUGGGACAGUACCAUCUUUCUCUAUUCCACGUGGCUCAAUAGCAGAAAAUCCAUUUACAAGCCUCAUUCUUUGUUCUUGUUUGCCAUCCACCAUUAAUGCAGCCAAGAAUUCUGCUACCAUUUGGUGUCAACAGCUUGCUAUUGAGUGGAUGUCAGCAGUGGAACUUGCUCUUUUGAAAGGUCGCCAUCCUCUUUUAAGAGAUGUUGAUGUCCCAAUCCGUCCUUCGAAAGCCAGUACAUUUGUUGAUGAGGAAACACCAGAGAGAUUUUCAAGUAGCAAGAAUGGGCAUUAUGAUUCACGACAACUAUAUAUAGGCCAGAAGACGGCAGAUAGAAAUACUUCAGGGAAGCUUAUCCAACAAAAUUCUGUCAAUGAACUUGUCACUUAUCCAAUUGAUAAUGCACUUAAACAACUCCAUACAAAAAAUUUAGGCGAUAUCAAGGUUAAUUCACACUCAAGGAGUGAGUUAAGGAAGAUGGAGAGUCACCAUGAUCAGGAAAGUACUUUUGAGUUCAAGAAUGAUAGUGAAGCUACUAUCACAAACGAAGAUGAUGAAGCAAGCAAGGUUUUGCAAACUGCAGAAGUUGUCAUGAACAUGCUUGAUGUUACUAUGCCUGGUACUCUUAAUGAUGAACAAAAGAAGAAGGUUAUUUCUGCUGUUGGGAGAGGAGAAAAUCUUAUGAAAGCUCUUCAAGGAGCUGUCCCAGAGGAUGUCCGUGGAAAGAUCACAAGUGCUGUUACUGACAUUGUGCAAACUCAUGGAACAAAAUUGAAUUUUGGAGGACUUGGUAGAAUCGGUUGGAUUCCUGAUAUCACAUCAAAGGUAAAGAUCCAAGACACAGUAAAAGAUAUUUCAGUGAAUGAGAGAGAAUAUGCUGGGAGAAAUUCAGGUGCUGACCAGGAGGGGAGAGUCCCAGGUGAUCCAGCAAAAUUAACCUCAGUGAGUGGCAUGCAAGAAAACCUCGAAUUGUUGGAACAAAGAAGUUCUCAAUCACCUGGAACGCCUGAAUCUGGAUAUGAACCCAGUCAGAAUAAUUAUACUGAAAAGACCAGUUACGUGGUUGAAGGGGCUUCUGAUGAACAGCACAAGGUUAGUUACAGCCAUGGAAUAAUUGAUAGGUAUACUGAAGAUGAUAAGGUUCCGAAUGAUGCCCACGAUAUUCCAAAUGGUGAAGAGAAGAAGCCAGCUCAAAAAGAAGAGCAAAAUAUGUCAGUUUCAGCAUCUAAUUCUGAACAGUCACUUUCAUCAGGCAUUUCAAUAUCAGAUCACCAAGUUAUUCAACAAGAAGUCAGUGAGUUCCAAAAGAACGACGAGAAAGGUGGUCCAGAUUUGCUUCAAACUUCAAAUGGCACUGCAGGACCUUCUGUAAGUGUCACUCAGGCAUUAGAUGCCUUAACUGGAUUUGAUGAUUCUACACAGAUGGCUGUUAACAGUGUUUUUGGAGUUCUAGAGGAUAUGAUUGAUCAAUUAGAGAAAAGUAGCAAUGAAGAAGAUCAUGAAAUGAAGAAAGCGGAGGGUGAGGGAUCUCAAGUUAUUUCAGCUGGCCAUUUUCCUAUCAAAUCAGACAAUUGUGAAAAGAUAGAGGAAAAAGAUAGUGGAUCAAGUGAAAAAUCAGUUGUAACUGCAUCCAAUUAUAAGUUAACUGAGGUAGAUAUUUACCCUAGAAAGGUUCUGGAGAGAAAUGAAAGUAUGGCUGGUGAAGGAAAUACUUUACAAGUUGAUUCUUCUGCAACUAAAAUUAGCAAAAUUGAUCCUUUGCAGAAGUGUCCUCUAGAUAUCAACCGUUAUUAUUGGGGCUCACCAUAUGAAGCCUGUCUCCAGAUGUAUUUUGCUUCUCAGUAUCCAAGGCCAAACCCAUCUGAUUUGAACAUGACAACUGAUUUAUUCCUUGACCCAGAAAAAGGCCAAUGGAAAAUGCCAGACCAAGCAACAAGUUUAGGUAGUAACCAGGAUGAAGGCUGGAAAAUACCAACAACUAUCAAUGGUCGUAAUGAAAAUUUGCAUCAAUCAGCAAAGCACAGUGAUAAAGAUGAUGCUAUUGAGACAUCUUAUGUAAUUGUAAAUCCACAAGAUUCAAAACUUAAGGGCCAAUCAACUGAAACUAUACAUAUCAAGGGUGGUUUGGAUGCACAUAAGGAGGUCACAUUGUCCUUAGUAAGAAAUAGUUUAUUUGAUGCUCUGAAAGUUGAAGUUGGUCGAAGAUUGAGCAUUUCUAUGUUGGAUGAAAUUGAAGAGGUUCUUGUAGAUGACAUGAAACUAGUUGUUGAUAUGGUAAGCCAAGCAGUUAUUCUGAACCAUCACUUAAACUUGAAACCAUUAUCAGAGAUUGGUGACUUGAGAUUGUUAAAAUUUGGUACGUUAGAAGGAGGAAGCACAGUGCAAAUAAUAUCUUCUGUUGUUGAGGAAACUAGAUAUUUGAAGAAGGUUCUUCCAGUUGGUGUAAUUGUUGGUUCAUUAUUGGCAUCCUUGAGAAAAUACUUCGUAAUUGCUGCCUUAGAUGACAAACACAAAGAUUAUAAGAAAGUUGGAAAAGUUGAAGACGAACAUUUGUCAGAAGAGUAUGCCAGGAAUGAACUUUAUGAUCAUGAAAAGGAUCUUGCUCAUGUAUGUUCUAGUAGUGAGGAUAAAAUGACCAAAGUUAAUACCAAUCAUGAUGGAGCCAUGUUUGGAGCUGUUACAGCUGCCUUAGGUGCUACUGCAUUAUUAGCACGUCAGCAGCAAAAGACAAGGGAUAAUGAGAAUCAAGUAAUAGAACCUCCUUCAAGUGUCAAUGCUGAGAAAGGAUCUCAAAAUGUUCAGCCUAUAAGUCCCGAGGAGCUAUCACAAGAGAAAAAUCCAAUUAGUAUUGUGAGUAAUUUAGCUGAGAAAGCCAUGUCUAUCGCUGGACCUGUAGUGCCCACAAGAGAUGAUGGGGAAGUAGAUCAUGACAGAUUAGUUGCUGUUUUAGCGGAACUGGGACAAAAGGGUGGAUUGUUGAAACUUGUUGGAAAAAUUGCUUUGCUUUGGGGUGGUUUACGUGGUGCUAUGAGCUUGACUGACAGACUUAUCUCAUAUUUGCGGAUUGCUGAGCGGCCUUUGUUGCAGAGGAUUUUCUUGUUUGGCUGCAUGGUUCUUCUACUAUGGUCUCCAGUGGUGGUUCCCCUGCUCCCAACACUAGUGCAAAGUUGGACAAUGAAGGCUUCUAAUGUAAUUGCUGAAUAUGCUUGUAUUUUGGGCCUCUAUGUUUCUAGCAUGAUCCUUGUUGUACUUUGGGGUAAAAGAAUACGAGGAUACAACAAUCCCCUUGAACAGUAUGGGCUCGAUCUCACAGCACCCAGGGUCUUUGGUUUUAUGAAAGGUUUGGUUGGAGGAAUGGUCAUCGUAAUGUCUGUGCAUUCCAUAGAUGGAUUACUUGGUUUUGCAAGCCUAUCUUGGCCAGCUCCCACUUCAUUUUCAGCUACUCCAGUUGUAUUGGUGAAAUCAUUUAUCAAUGUAUUGCUAUUAAGCAUUCGUGGAAUUUUAACAGCUACUGGUGUUGCUUUAGUAGAGGAAUUGCUAUUCAGGUCGUGGCUUAUUAAAGAAGUUGAAGUUGAUCUUGGUUAUUACCCUGCCAUCAUAAUAUCAGGAAUUGUGUUUUCACUAAUCCAUUGGUCUCUCCCUUCAGUACCUGGUUUCUUCUUGUUAUCUUUAGCGCUUUUUGGAAUUAAACAAAGAUCUUAGGAUAAAAUUUAUGUUCCAAUCGGGGUGCGUUCUGGAAUAAUGUUCACCAAUUUUACUUUGCAAACUGGUGGCUUCAUCAGAUAUGAGGCUGGAGCUCCUUCCUGGUUAAUAAGUAGCCAUCUUCUGCACCCAUUUGAUGGAAUUGUUGGUCUUGGUGUAUGUUUCCUAUUGGCCGUUCUUUUCUUUCCAAAGCAACCUCGGGAAAAGAUUCUUUGACAGGAAGAAGAGCAGAAGGAGCAUCAAUUGACUGGUCUAGUUCUCUCUCACAUUAAAGCCCAUGCUUAUCAUAUAUUUACGGUCUAGUCAGUAUUGAGUUUCUUAGGAAGCUUUCUGAGAUGAGCUACCAGAUUGUAGACCAUUAUUGGAAAUAUGACAAGCUUCUUGCUAUCCUAUAUUACAGGUUACUCCAAAUUUUCUGUUUGUGUCUUGUUCACUGCUUAUUUUCUCUCUCUGAACAGUUUUUCAAAUAGUUUUUUUCUUUGUUUUGGUCUGCACUACACAAUUGGGACUUGUAAGGUUAUGAUGUAUAUGUAGAAGGUGAAAUGCAAGUCCAAGCUGGCAGAGAAUAUUAUUUUUUGUACUAGCAUCCAAAUUUUGGGUUACUGAGAUACAAUACUCGUGAAUAAUUGUGUUGAAUAUAAGGAAAGUAAAUCCUUCGGCCGUAUGGACAUGUCUUGGCUACAGUAGUUAAUGAGCUGAGAAAUGUGCACAAUGGAUCUUUCGAUUUUGAUGGUAUCUGGUACUCAUUUUCUUAUUGGUUUCAUAUAUAAGCUAGGAAAACAGAGUUGAUGAUGGAUAAAAACAACCAAUGUGGUAAGACUUGUAUGACUUUCUACUCUGGUUGUCACCGCACUGUGAGAUGAUAAGAUGUUCACGAAUAAGAUGAUGUUCUUAAGCUAGUGCAAUUGACUUGUUGCUGUAUAUAUGUUUACAUGUGACAAUGAAAAGGUGCGCCAUAAUUUUUGUUAUGGUUUCUUUCUUGCAUAGCUAGAACUGACAUAAUCAUGGCAGUAUAAGCAUACAAUUAUCUUCAUGAACUUUAGGUAAAAGUAAAAAAAAAACCUCAUGUGCAUGAAAUAUGCAUUCUUGUUAAGGUGACAAUUCGUACAACGCAGGGAGUCUGGCAUUUUUUGCAAUUGGCAUUCUAUGUUUCAUAAUCUAAAGCAGCAGUUAGUGCGUCAACGUAUCAUAUUGUUGGCCUCAAGUAGGAUGAAAAGUCAGUAGUGCGAAGGCCUCACUGCUGGGAUAAAGGAACAAGAGGAUCUUCCGAGGUCAUCAACAUGGAGUAGCAAGCAUCCUGUACAUUUGGGUUGCUGCUCUGCGUUGCAGAAAGACUCAAGCUAAGCAAGAUUUUCUUUGUCAAAUUCUGAAGAUAACCAGCCGCUUAAGGGGAACACCUCCGGAGCUUAUUCAUGUCACCGCUUGGAAUAGGGAAGAAGAGAGUCGAUGAAAGGAAGGAAAAGAAGAGGUUAAUUUGGUGGAACUCGUUUGAGACAGGGUUAUGUGCCGGUGCACUGAACUAUCUGGAGCAGAUGGGUCUCAUGUUUUCUGACAUCUUCCUCCUAAACAUCGUCGCCAUUGUGUUUGUUUUACUUUUUGGUAUAAGAGAUAAGUGAGAAAUAUAAUUGGAAGUCCUAAAAAAGACGAAGCAGAGGUGGCAUUAAUUUGGUUGAUGCCAUUGCCAGCCUCAUCUAAAAGCAGAGUAGUUCCCUGGAAUCCACAUGGCCAUGGAGCCUCUUAAAUGCUCCCCCCUUCAGCUCCUGGCUUCAUGACAAGACACAACCAAAAAGGCCCAGGGACAGUUGUGAAGGAUAGGCUGUCCCUCUUGCCAACCCUCCUUCAAGAAUCUAUACAACAAGAGUUUCAACUCUAGCUGUCAAACCACAAUCCAAUAGUUUCAUUCGAGUUCAGGCAGCAGCUCUCAUGCAAUGGAGUCUUCUUGUGUAUCUGGAGAGAGGGAGGAGGAAGAGGAGUGUGACAGCAGCCAGUCCGGGUGGACCAUGUACAUUGACACUCCAACUUAUCAAGAUGAUGCUGGGAAUGAUAGCAACUAUAGCAAUGUUGUUGUUGAUGACAACGAGGAAGUCGGCAUUCACGAUGACAAUGAGGAUGAUUCGUUAGCUUCUGAUGCAUCUUCCACAUGGUGUGAGAGGAGGAAUGCUGAGAAUCACAAGGUUGACGAUGAAGAUGAGGAUGUAAAUAAUGAAGACGACAAUGAGUCUUGUGGUGUGCAUCAUCCUCGUCCUUCAAGAAAUGUUGUUCAAAAGGAGAGCAAAGUUAGCAGAAAUGUAUGAUUGAUGGCGGUGUAAGGGUAGGGGAGACAUGCUUAAGUUACUUUUGUGAACUUGGUUUUUUUUGUUGACAUAGAGGUAUUUUCCGCAUGAAAGGAUUUAUAUGGAUAAAAAAACUACAACGAAA